AUGAAAACAACUCAUGUGCCAGCUUCGCCAGCCGGCUCCAGUGCGUUACAGCGCAAAAUUCAACCCGCUAAUCUGCUGUUGGGCGCGGGAGUGUCGAUGUUCGAGAUCACCACUUUGGGGCAGCCUCUUGAAGUGCUCAAAACUCAUUUGGCUGCGCACCGAGAUUGUCGAUUGCGAGACGCGAUUUCUCAAGUGUGGUCACGAGGAGGCUUCAAAGGUUUCUAUCAAGGCUUGAUACCCUGGGCGUGGAUCGAGGCAAGCUCUGCAGGCGCCAUCCUCAUAUUUACCGCUGCAGAACUCGAAUCCCUUUCGGUUCGGCAAUUCAAUCUUUCACCUGCGAGCGCUGGGCUGAUCGGCGGAUGUGGAGGUGGCAUAGCCCAAGCCUAUCUGACUAUGGGCGUUAGUACAACAAUGAAAGUAGGUAACUCCCUCUCCCAUCUCAUAGAUAACUCGUGCCAGUAUGCCGAAUGGGAGUCCCGCCAAAGGAACAAUGACGGAAUCCGAGGCAUAAACAAAGGGGUGCACGCCGUUGCGCUUCGGCAAUGUACACUUCGGCAAUGUACAAAUUGGGGAUCACGGAUGGGUUUUGCACGUCUAGCUGAAGAUGGGAUCCGCAGUCUACGCGGUAGACCCGCCGAAUCAUCAUUGAGUGCUUCAGAAAAACUAAUCAGUAGCAGCAUUGGAGGAGCCUUGGGUUGUUGGAAUCAUCCAAUCGAAGUAGUGCGGGUAGAGAUGCAAUCGAUGGCUCAACCCCGUCCCGGACGGCCAGCUAAACUUACAAUUCUGAACACAAUGGGAUUCAUUUAUCGAGAGAACGGGGUUCGAGGUCUGUUCAAGGGCGUUUUACCUCGCUUAGGUCUCAGCGUUUGGCGGACAGUGUGCUUUGUGUCCGUUGUUGAUUUUGCAAAGGCAUGGUGGCGAGGUAGUACUUGA